ACCACCACCGCCGCGCCGUACUGCCAACACACACUGCCACGGCAUCACCUCGACCUCGACUCCAGCCAUGGCCACCGCCGCCGGCCGGCUGCUCCCCUUGCUCCUGCUGCUGCAUGCGUUGCUCGUCGUUGCCGGGGCCGCAGUCUCCGGUGUGACGUACGACCACCGCUCCCUCAUCAUCUCCGGCCGCCGCCGCCUUCUCAUCUCCACCUCCAUCCACUACCCGCGCAGCGUGCCCGCGAUGUGGCCCAAGCUGGUGGCGGAGGCCAAGGACGGCGGCGCCGACUGCAUCGAGACCUACGUCUUCUGGAACGGCCAUGAGACCGCCCCCGGCAAGUACUAUUUCGAGGAGCGGUUCGAUCUGGUGCAGUUCGCGAGGGUCGUCAAGGACGCCGGGCUCUUCCUGAUUCUGCGCAUCGGCCCCUUCGUCGCCGGCGAGUGGAACUUCGGGGGCUUGCCGGUGUGGCUGCAUUACAUUCCCGGGACGGUGUUCCGGACGAACAACGAGCCAUUCAAGGUGAGGGUGGACUGUGAAUUCUGUAGUGUUUCUGUCAAGUCUGCCAGUUUGGGUGAUGAACUGACAAUCCUGGUGAUAUUAUUUCUUCUCUGGAUGCAGUCUCACAUGAAGGGCUUCACGACGAAAAUCGUGGACAUGAUGAAGAAAGAGCGGUUCUUCGCCUCCCAGGGCGGGCACAUCAUCCUAGCUCAGAUUGAAAAUGAGUAUGAAGGUACCGAACAAGCAUACGGGGCUGGCGGCAAGGCAUACGCAGCGUGGGCGGCUAGUAUGGCUCUGGCUCAGAACACGGGCGUCCCUUGGAUCAUGUGCCAGCAGUCUGAUGCUCCUGAUCAUGUGAUAAACACCUGCAAUUCAUUCUAUUGCGAUCAAUUCAUGCCAAAUUCGCCAACCAAGCCAAAAAUUUGGACAGAGAAUUGGCCAGGAUGGUUCCAGAAUUUUGGUGAAGCUAAUCCCCACAGACCCGCCGAGGAUGUUGCAUUUUCUGUUGCGCGUUUCUUUGGAAAAGGUGGCACCGUUCAGAAUUACUAUGUGUACCAUGGUGGAACAAACUUUGGUCGCACUACUGGGGGGCCCUUCAUUACAACUAGCUAUGACUAUGAUGCACCAAUUGAUGAAUAUGGCCUUAGGAGGCUUCCAAAAUGGGGACAUCUGAGGGAGCUUCACAAAUCCAUAAGAAUGUGUGAACAUAGUCUGCUUUAUGGUAACUCAACGUCAUUUUCUCUUGGGCCUCAACAAGAGGCCGAUGUUUACACCGAUCACUCAGGAGGAUGUGUUGCAUUCCUAUCUAACAUUGACUCGGAAAAGGACAAAGUUGUCACUUUCAGGAAGAGAAAAUAUGAUCUUCCCGCCUGGUCAGUUAGCAUCCUACCUGACUGCGAGAAUGUGGUUUACAACACAGCCAAGGUUCGAUCUCAAACUUCGAUGGUCGACAUGGUUCCGGAAACUUUGCAAGCAUCGAAACCUGAUCAGUGGAGCAUUUUCAUGGAGAAAAUUGGUAUUUGGGAUAAAAAUGACUUCAUACGAAAUGGAUUUGUAGACCAUAUUAAUACGACAAAAGACUCUACUGACUACCUGUGGCACACAACAAGUUUUAAGGUAGACAGAAGUUACCCCACAAGUGGGAAGCAUCCAAUUCUUAAUAUCGACUCCAAGGGCCAUGGUGUUCACGCUUUCCUGAAUGACAUGCUUAUAGGUAGUGCAUUUGGUAAUGGCUCAAAAUCAAGUUUCAGUGUGCACAUGCCCAUCAACUUGAAGACUGGGAAGAAUGAAAUUGCACUAUUGAGUAUGACUGUUGGAUUGCAAAAUGCAGGAGCCCGUUAUGAAUGGGUAGGAGCGGGCCUUACAACUGUGAACAUCUCUGGAAUGGAAAAUGGAACCAUAGACUUAUCUUCAAAUGACUGGGCAUACAAGAUUGGGUUGGAAGGCGAACGCUACAGUUUGUUCAAGCCCGAUCAAGGGAAUAACCAAAGGUGGAGGCAACAAUCUGAACCACCAAAGGAUCAACCUUUGACAUGGUACAAGGUAAAUGUUGAUGUUCCACAAGGAGAUGACCCAAUUGGGCUAGACAUGCAAUCUAUGGGGAAAGGCCUGGCCUGGUUGAAUGGAAAUGCCAUAGGGAGGUACUGGCUUAGGACUAGUUCUUCUGAUGAUAGGUGCACUCCUAGCUGCAACUAUAGAGGACAAUUUUCUCCAGACAACUGCAGGACUGGAUGUGGGAAGCCAACUCAAAGAUGGUACCAUGUCCCAAGGUCAUGGUUUCACCCAUCGGGGAAUACCCUCGUGGUUUUUGAGGAGCAGGGUGGGGAUCCAACAAAGAUCACAUUCUCAAGAAGAGUUGCAACAAGUGUUUGCUCCUUUGUGUCGGAGAGCUAUCCUUUUAUUGUUGACCUGGAGUCCUGGGAUAAAAAUAUGUCAGAUGAUGGUAGAGUUGCAUCUGAAGCACAGUUGUCUUGCCCCGAGGGCAAAAUUAUCUCUUCAGUUAACUUUGCGAGCUUUGGAGACCCUAGUGGAACUUGCAGAUCCUACCAACAAGGAAGCUGCCACCACCCAGACUCUCUAUCUGUUGUUAAGAAGGCCUGUCUGAACAACAAUGGCUGCACAGUUUCACUAGCAGACAAGGGAUUUGGAAAAGAUUUAUGUCCCGGAGUCAUCAAAACACUUGCCAUUGAAGUGGACUGCUCUUAGUGAGUCCUACUCAGCUAGGAGUUCCACCACUACAAAUCUACUCAUCAACAAUCAAAUUCGAAAGCUUUAAUACCUUUAAACAACAAGGUGAAAGCGGAAGCUUACCUAGAUCAAGGUUCAGAUUUCUUGUGAGCAUGAUAAUAAGUGUUCCGUUGAUUGAGACAAUGGCGAUUGGCGGUGUCUGCUGGAAGUGUUGUAACGCCCCGAGACCGACG